UACGCGAGCAUCCCAAACCGGAAGUUGUGUCGCUGAACUCCCCAGCGGUUCAUCGUCCGAAGCAUAAACGAUCUUCGCUGCAACUCCUCUGACAGCUAGCGAGUGUGAGCAACUCCUCUACGCUCUCAACUAACUGAGUGAACGAGAGCGGGCAGGGAAUGGGAGAGCUUUAACCCUGGUGUCCCCAGCCAACCCCGAGUAAACCAGCCAGCCAUGGAUGACCGCUCCUCACUUCGAAAAGUCAGCAGCUCCACCGAGUCCGUCGCCACCGUCACCAGUGAGGAGUUUGUUCUGGUUCAGCCGAGUGCCGCCGGGUCACCUCAAGGCUCCGAGGGCAAACCGAGGCUCAAGAUGUCUUUGAAUGGGAGUGAGCAGCUGGAGAAAGCUAUGGAGGAGGUGUUCGAUGAUGACAAAGAGGUGAAGGUGGAGAAGAGCAAUGUGGAAAAGAUGGAAAAGGAAAGCGACCCAAAGUCCCCCGAAGUCCUGGAACCCCGAUCUGCAGGUCACGACGCGUGUCCAGCACCAUCCAGCUCCACGGUGCUGGAGGAGGACAGUGUCCAGUUCAACAAGCUGUCCUACCUCGGCUGCACCUGGGUCAAGGCCCCCCGCAACGAGGCCGAGGCACAGAGGGCCAUGGCCACCCUGCGGGCCGAAAGCGCCAUCCCCAUCCCCGUCACCCUGCACGUCCCCUGUGGGCCAGACGGCUCCGUCAGAAUUGCGGACGAGGCCUCUGGUACAGAGAUCGCCUCAUUCCCCAUCUACAAGGUGUUGUUCUGUGCUCGUGGAAGAGAGGGUUCGGUGGAAAGCGACUGUUUCUCCUUCACUGAGAGUUACCGGAGCUCCGAGGACUUCCAAAUCCACGUCUUCUCCUGCCACAUCAUAGAGGCCGUCAGUCGUAUCCUGUACAGUUUCUCCACAGCCUUUCGCCGUUCCUCCCGCCCGGUGGACACGAGGGACACGGCGCUGUCCAGUCUGCCCGAUGGCGACCUCUACACCUUCACUGUCUCGUUGGAAGUGAAGGAGGACGAUGGCAAAGGCAACUACAGUCCGGUGCCCAAGGACAGAGAUAAAUUGUACUUCAAGCUUCGACAGGGUGUUCAGAAGAAGGUCGUUGUUUCAGUUCAGCAAAUGUGCAACAAGGAGCUGGGAAUCGAGAGGUGUUUUGGGAUGCUGCUGAGUCCAGGACAGAAAGUCUGCAACAGCGGCAUGCAUCUACUAGACAUGACAUCAAUGGGGAAGAGCUCUGAUGGGAAGGCCUAUGUGAUCACUGGAACAUGGAACCCCAACAUGGCCGCCUUCCAACUGCUAAACGAAGACACGCCUAAAGAUAAGCAGGUCUACAUGACCGUGGCGGUGGACCUGGUCGUCACUGAGGUGGUGGAGCCGGUACGCUUCCUGCUGGAAACGUUGGUCAGGGUGUACCCGUCAAACGAACGCUUCUGGUACUUCAGCCGCAAGACCUUCAGUGAGACCUUCUACCUGAAACUCAGACAGCAGACACCAGAGAGGUUGGGUCAGAGCGAUGCUGUUUAUGAGGUGGUGAGUCUUCAGAGGGAGGCAGAGAGGAGCAACGAAGGACGACUGGCCCCGCCCACCGAGGAAGAGGAGGCUGAUGAAGAUAGCGACAGUGAAAUCUCGAGUGGGACAGGAGACGUUUCCAAAGACUGUCCUGAGAAAAUCCUCGAGUCCUGGGGAGGACUCCUAACCAGAUGGCAUGGAAACCUGUCCACUCGACCGAAGGGUUUGCCCUCGUUGGUUCGCAGCGGCAUUCCCGAGCCACUCAGAGCUGAAGUCUGGCAGCUGCUGGCCGGUUGCCACGACAACUACGACCUGCUUGAGCACUACCGUAUCCUCAUCACCAAGGAUUCGGCUCAGGAAGGUGUCAUCACCCGGGACAUUCACCGCACCUUCCCUGCACACGACUACUUCAAGGACUCUGAUGGAGAUGGACAGGAUUCACUGUACAAGAUUUGCAAGGCCUACUCUGUCUAUGAUGAAGAAAUUGGUUAUUGCCAGGGUCAAUCUUUCCUCGCUGCUGUUCUCCUGCUGCAUAUGCCAGAGGAACAGGCUUUCUGUGUGUUGGUGAAAAUCAUGUAUUACUAUCGCCUGAGAGAUCUCUACAAAAACAACUUUGAGGAUCUUCACUGCAAGUUUUACCAGCUGGAGAGGCUAAUGCAGGAUCAGCUUCCGGAUCUGUGGUCCCACUUCCAUGAGCUUAACCUGGAGGCUCACAUGUACGCCUCCCAGUGGUUCCUCACCCUCUUCACUGCCAAAUUCCCCUUGUGUAUGGUUUUCCACAUCACUGACCUGCUGCUCUGUGAGGGUCUGAGCAUCAUCUUCAAUGUAGCCCUAGCCCUCCUCAAGACCUCUAAAGAGGACCUCUUGCAGGCGGACUUUGAAGGUGCUCUCAAGUUCUUCAGAGUUCAGCUUCCAAAACGCUACAGAGCUGCAGAAAACGCACGCAGACUUAUGGAGCAGGCCUGCAACAUCAAGGUUCCAACGAAAAAGCUGAAGAAGUUUGAAAAGGAAUAUCAGACACUGAGAGAGAGUCAGCUGCAACAAGAAGACCCCAUCGACCGAUUCCAGAGGGAGAACCGUCGUCUCCAGGAGGCCAGUAUGCGGCUGGAACAGGAGAAUGACGACUUGGCCCAUGAACUGGUCACCAGCAAGAUUGCCCUUCGGAACGACCUCGACCAGGCAGAAGACAAGACUGAUGUUCUGAACAAAGAGCUGCUGAGCACCAAGCAACGUCUGGUGGAGACGGAGGAAGAGAAGAGACGGCAGGAGGAGGAGACGGCUCAGCUGAAAGAAGUGUUCAGGAGGGAGCUUGAAAAAGCAGAGCUGGAGAUCAAGAAAACUACAGCGAUCAUAACUGAAUAUAAACAGAUCUGCUCCCAGCUGAGCACCAGGCUGGAAAAACAACAGGCGGCAACAAAAGAAGAGCUGGACUUCGUCAGGAGUAAAGUAAUGGGCUGUGACAACUGUAGGGACCUUUUCACAACCCUGGGAUCCCUUCAGGCUUCGUCCCCUGGCAGGGACAAGACGUACGGCGAGCCAUCGGACGAGGAGAAGGACGGACUGAAGGAGCAGCUGAGGCACCUGGAGCUGGAGCUGGCACAGACCAAACUGCAGCUGGUGGAGGCCAAGUGUCGCAUCCAGGAGCUCGAGCACCAGCGCGGAGUUCUGAUGAAUGAGGUCCAGGCGGCAAAGAACUCGUGGUUCAGCAAGACUCUGGGCUCCCUGAAGAGCUCUACCUCCUCUUCCUCCAGCUCCACAUCCCAGACCCCCUCCUCCCCAAAGGAGGGCCCCGCCUAGAGGACCCUCCCUCCAUCUCUCCUUUGCCUGCAGGACGCACAUUAGAGCUGAGGAACACAGGUUGAAGAAAACAAGCAGCCGAGAUAUGUAGAGUUCCUUUUUCAGCCACUUGCAAAGCAACGCUCAUCAGCUUCUUGGACUCCAGAUAUAACACAACACCAUGAGGAGGAAAGAGGCGGAGCACUGGACCGGCCACCUGUCUUCCACUUAGCGUUUACGUUCAAUGAUCCUCUGCAUCAUCAGUAACGACCACUGAAUUUAAUGUUGUUUGUUAACUUUUUAUUUUCAGUAGUCGCUGAGCCUGUUGGUGAACUGAAUGAACCUAUACAAUGGCAUCCCCCAUACAGGGGAAGGAUUUAGCUCCACCUUGGGACCAGAUAAUGCUUCUGCAGUCAUAAUACAUUUAUCUGUAUAAGAUUAUGUUUUAGAUAGCAUAACAUUCAGUCUCACAAGUUGGACAAUAUUUAAAUAAUAGCGACAGAGGUUCAUUCUAAGAGAUACUGCUAAGUAUGCCGCAUAGAAAUGUAGUGAUCAGCAACGAGGAUCUUCAUCGCAGCAAAGCCACAGAACAAGGAAAAAGGAAUACUGCCGUCUUAAAAGAGGUCGACACAAGAAGUUGUAUUUCAUUAUAGUAAUAUAACGUAAACAAUGUUGUCAUAUAAAUAUGUAUAACUAAUUAUUGAUUUUGUAAUAAUCUUGUACAGUUCUUUGAGAAGACAUUUUUUUUUUGUUUUGUUUUUUUACCGUUUGGAUUUUGAAUGUCGCCACAUGUUGACAUAAGCACAGUGUGUCAUCGAGUCGGUCGAAUCCAAAUGCUGAAGAACCAAAGUGACAACCAGCAGAGAUCUUAAUGUGCUCAAUGUCCCCUCUCUCUCUCUUUGUUUAUCACCAGUUGAAACGACUCGCGGCGUUUCAAAUGUUUUUUAUCCCCGUUCCGGCUCAAGUAUGUGAUUUCUCUCCUCCUGUGUUUCACAUGCAGAUGUUUAACAUCCAGUGAUCGUUUUGUUAAGAGUUCUGAUCACAAACAUUAAGCGAGAUUUAGUUGCAAUAUUCACCGUUAUCGUCAAAGAGUCCAAAGGCCAUUUGCACAGCUUUCCCUACACUUUCUUUCAGCUUUGGCCGGUUAAAACUACCCAAUUGCUAAUGAACCCUUUGUGCAAUGCAGACAGCAUAAGUUCACUGAGCCCGUGGUGGCUCCGUGUUUACAGCUGCACACUUUACAGCCUGAUCAUCUUUCAAGAAUUCAAUUGAAUUGCGGAUGCUAGAACAAUAAGUCUAUAGGUGUCUACAUUGGAAAAUGACUAAUAUGUGAUCGUUAAAUUGCUGGUGGCUAAAAUCUUCAGUAACUGUGAGGGCCACCGCCUGUGAAAGGGGUCACAGGGGUCAUUUUGCUGUCUAGGUUGAUAAAUACAACAAAAUCCGUAAAGUUCUGUUUUUGCUUCCCCAUGCGUGAUGCGUGCUGGUGCUUUACUAGCAGGCAGAGCUGCCGUGUCGGUGCCAAAUGUCCCACUUUACUUUCCCUUCUGGUUGUCACUCAAAUCAGCCUUUGGACUCUGACCAAGGCCGUGUGUACUUUGUGUGAGUGUGUGUUUUUUGAUGUGUGUGUUUAGCAUUGUUACUCGACUGCUUGAAGUUGAAAUGGUUUCUUCUUCCCGUUGCUGCCUUUGCCUCCCGUUGACGAGCGCAGCCGCUGGCUGACGAGAGGGAAGCCGUCUGUCGGCGAGUGCCAUAAGAGCCCCCUCCGCCCACCCCCGCUCCGUCCCCACCGGCCGUCCUCUGUCCUCCGUCCUCCCAGCGACUACACCCUCUGAUCAUAUGGACGGGUGCGCUCAUCAUCCUCUCCACCAGGGGGCCCCCGCGCCUGCCCUCCGCUCCCUCGACGGGCCCCUGAGCAGCUCUGUGGAAGGAACCAUUGAAUCGCACGUGUGUGUUUGGCAUUUCCAAGACAUUCCUUCUUCCCUUUUGUUCAUAGCUCCUGUUGGCCACACCUGUGACCGUUGCCGUACAAAGUCGUACAACCCUUUUAAUGUAAGAUGUUGCCAAGCCGGAGAAAAGCUGUCUUUUAAUGUGCACUAACACAAAAGUUUAUUUUUUAUUUCUCCAUUUUAAAAGCUGGCCUGAGCACAGAGCAGUUUUUUUUAACUUAUUGCCACGGAGAGGACAGCUGCCAUUUCACUUUAAUUCAAUUGUUUUCAUCAAUGCAAAGGCAUGCGUGACUCCGAUGAGAACAUGUGUGUAACACAGAGAGGGACUGUACCCAGCUGUACAAUAACACUCUGACAUCAAUAAAUUUCUGUUUUUCUGUUCAUUCA